AUGUAUGGUCAGUGUUGGGUGUCCUUCAGUCCUGUCUGUCGUUUCUCUUUUCAUCAUCGCUUGUGAAUGUCCAGAUUGUAAAACUCAGGUUUUCUGAUCACGGUGCAGCUAGUUAGUUACUUGUAGCCAACGGUACACCCGCGAAGCUAGCUUUUUAACUUACACUUGAUAAAAACUGUAGAACUUGCUAUGCACGAAAUGGAUUGCAGAGUGCUUUCAAUUCAGAGUCAUGUUGUCAGGGGAUACGUUGGGAAUAAAUCGGCAUCGUUCCCUUUGCAGGUGUUGGGGUUUGAGGUGGACUCCAUCAACUCGGUGCAAUUCUCCAAUCAUACGGGCUACGCCCAUUGGAAAGGCCAGGUGCUGACUGCAGAUGAGCUGCAUGUUCUGUAUGAAGGGAUCAAGCUCAACAAUGUGAACCACUACAACUACGUGCUAACAGGGUACACCAGAGACAUGUCCUUCCUGGAGAUGGUGGUGGAUAUCGUGCAAGAGCUUAAGAGGGCAAAUCCUAACCUUGUGUAUGUAUGUGAUCCGGUGCUGGGAGACCAUGGCUCUAUGUAUGUUCCUGAGAACCUCCUUCCCGUGUACAAGAACAAGGUGGUCCCGGUGGCUGAGAUCAUCACACCCAACCAGUUCGAGGCAGAGCUGCUCACUGGGAAGAACAUUGGUACGGAGAAAGAUGCCGUAGAGGUGAUGGAUCUCCUCCACAACAUGGGUCCUGACACGGUGGUCAUCACCAGCUCUGAUCUGCCCUCUCGGCUGGGUGAUAAUUACCUUGUAGCCAUGGGGAGCCAGAGAACAGUGAAGGCGGACGGCACCAAGUCAACCCAGAGAAUCCGGAUGGAGAUCCCAAAAGUGGAUGCUGUGUUUGUUGGGACUGGUGAUCUCUUUGCUGCUAUGUUGCUGGCCUGGACUCAUCACCACCCCAAUGACCUCAAGACUGCCUGUGAGAAGACGGUCUCUGUCAUGCACCAUGUUAUUAAGAGGACUAUAUCCUAUGCCAAUGAGAUGGCUGGGCCUGGACAAAAGCCUAGCCCAGCCCAGCUGGAGCUGCGGAUGGUUCAGAGCAAAGCGGACAUUGAGGAUCCGGCCAUCGUGGUGCAGGCAACAGUGCUAUAGAGCACCCUCUUCGGCCCCCGAGACAACCGCACAAUGUAUAGAUGUGCAUUUUGACCUGUAAUGUGACAUUGCCUUAGAAUCUCUUGUGGAGCGCAACAUUUCCAUAAGCCAAGAUCAGCGAGGUGUCGGCGGAGGACUGUGGAGGGGCAGCUGCCGAGGGAGAGUGGGUGUUCUCCCCCUCCAGAUCUCUCUCGCUCCCUCUCUGGCUCCUCCCAACACCUCUGCAUGUCCUGCGCAUGCACACCAACACAGCAGGCCAGACACUGUCAUACACUGCAUCUCUCAGGCUUAACCAUGACCGGACUGUGUGGGACUAUGCUCCUGUACUUUUGGGUUCAUUUUCGCACUAUAUUAGGAAAUGACGAUAGAGGCUUUAUUUACAUUCCUUGACUGCGAAUUGGUGUUCAUCCAGCAGGUGGUUUUUGUGGUCCUGUCGCAAACAUGCAGCCCCUGGACAGUUAGGAAGCAGCUGAGUGUGACUUUGAAUUUCAGAACAAGCCCCUCCACUAAUCACCAAGUGCUCUGUAAACCUUGUACAAGUUACCACUGUUGUGCACAACAUUGCAAGCAUAAAACAGUACUUGCAUCACUUUUCAUUGAUGGACAUUCAUUUCUUUAGGCCUGAAGGUCUGAUAAGUAUUGGGAAAUCAUUUUCAGUAGCUUUAUUAAAAUUAUUGAAGAAAUGUAUCCGCUGUGCUUUGUAUGAAACAUGGAUGUCUUAUGCAGUUCUUAGUCUUGCACAACUCCAAUUCCAUGUCAUUUACUUUUUUCCCUUUAGAAUGCUAGAAAUCUGAGAUUUCAGAUUUUGAAAUUAUGCUUUUUGUUGAUGUAUUCAUUUAACUUAAUGUCAGUCUGUAAUCCAUUUAUUGUGACAUGCAAUUGUUUUAAUUUU